UUCCUUUCCCGCGACAAGCUCACUGCCAUUGCUGUAUUCGGAAGCUCCUUUUUUUCAGUUUGGUUUACGGGAAAGUUAAAGACUUGAGAGCUUGUUGAAGACCCAUUAUAGUAGUAAGUAAAGCAAUCAGAUUUUUCCGACUUCGGAGGCUGUGAGAGAGAUGGGUAGGAGAGGAAAAAGUCAGAGUAAGGGCAAUGGAUACUCUAAGAGAAAGCGUGUCGAUGAGGGCAAAAGCGCCUUCGAUGAAGACAUGGAUGACGAAAUUGAUGCUUUUCACAAGCAAAGGGAUUUGGUGCCGCUGGAUGUGAAUGAAGACGAGAAGGAGGAAUCAGACGAAGAUAUGGAGCAACCUGUCUUUAAUUUUGAGGAUGUUGAUGAUGAUGAUGAUGAUGGUGAUGAUAGUGAUGAGGAUGAGGAUGACAUCCAAGAUAAUACCUGUGCUAAGAAACUUGCUAGGCAGCAAAAAUACAUGCGGGCAAAGUUUGGUGGAGUUGAGGAUGAAUUGCUUGAUGAUAAUGAUGAAGAAGGGGAAAAAGAAGAACAAAAGAGAGUAUGGGGUGGAAGGAAGCACCUAUAUUAUGAUGCUGAUAAUCGUGAUUAUGAGCUACAAUCAAGUGAUGAUGAGUCUGCUGCAGAAGAGGAGGAAGAGGUUAUAAGGUUACAGAAGGAACAUGCAAAAUCUUUAUCUAUGGAAGACUUUGGCCUGGAAGAUGCUAGUGAAGAUGAGAGUGACAAGGAGUUAACAAUGGAGGAGAUUUUGGUUAAAGGAAAAAGCAAAAAACAAUCGCCAAUGGAAAAGGAUGUGGCAGAUGAGAUGGCUCCUGUUUAUGAGCAGGUGAAGAAAGAUUUAAAUACUCUACCAAGGGAGAAAGUAAUGGAUGUUUUAUUCAGCUCUGCUCCAGAGAUAGUUGGUUUGCUCUCAGAUUUGAAUGAUGCUACUGAGCAGCUUGAAAGAAAAGUUAAUCCUCUUUUAAACAAGGUUAAGAAGGGAGAGAUCAUGGUAGAAGGAGGAAUUCGCUAUUUGGAGCUAUAUCAACCUCUUCUGCUGUUAUAUUGCCAAGCAAUAACAUUCUAUCUUCUUCUCAAAUCUGAAUUAAAGGAUGUCCGUGAUCAUCCUGUAGUAGCUCGCCUUGUAGAGAUCAAGAGCUUAUUGGACAAGAUGAGACAGCUUGAUGGGAAUCUUCCAAUGGAGCUUGAGGAGAUCCUCAAUAAGAGUAAUGUAGUGGAAACAGUAAUGAAGGAUGGUAAAGAGAAUGCUAUAUCGGCAUGUGUUUCAUUUGCCGAUGAUCACGGGCCUUCUCAUGUCUCAGCUGGAACCCAAGAAGAUAAUGUGAUCCAUAACAGUGCUGAUGUGGUAAAGGUGGAGUUAAUGAAGGAUAAUGAGAAAAAGACAGAAAAGAUCAUACAUCAGAAUGAUAAAGUAGGUGCACAGAGCAUGAAAAUGUUAAAGGUUAGAGCUGCUCUUGAGGAAAAAUUGAAGCAGAAGGGUCUUCUUGGUUCCAUUACCCCCAAAACUGAGAAAGCCAAGAAAAUUAUGAAACCCUUAAACAGGGAGCUUGAGACAUAUGAUGAUUUUGAUGAUGAUGCUGUAAAUAUUGAGGGGGCCAACCGUGGAUUGAGCAAUGGUCAUGCAAGUUUCUUGAGCUCAAGCAAACUAUCGCACCUCAUAGCUGCUAAACCAGAGAAGCUUAAGGUUGUUUCUGGAGAUGACGAUUUACCAAAGAAGGAUGAUAUUGGAGAAAGGCGUAGGAAACAUGAGCUGCAAGUAUUGGCAAGAGCUGGUGUUGAGUCUGAGGAUGGUGCUGGAUAUGAUAUUGAGGACGCCGCCGAAUCUGAUGGGGAUGUUGAGAUGGAUGAGGAUAAUGAGACAGAAGAUUCAGAAGAUGAAUUUUACAAACAAGCCAAACAACAGAGAGCUGCAAAGCUUGCUGCAAAAGCUGAGAUUCAUUCGAGGAACCCACCAGUACCAUCUUUGCCUGAAACUGUUGAUGGAAAGCGUCUUAUUACUUAUCAGAUGGAGAAGAACAGAGGUCUUACACGAGCACGCAAGAAGCUUACAAAGAAUCCAAGAAAGAAGUACAAGUUGAAGCAUCAGAAGGCAGUAGAGCGUCGGAAAGGGCAGGUACGGCAAGUCAAGAAGCCUACUACUCAUUAUGGUGGGGAGACCACCGGUAUCAAUGCAGGAAUCAGUCGGAGCAUCAGAUUCAAGAACUAGAAGUUAUGGGGGCCUAUAUUUCUGGUUUCUGUUUUUGUGAUGUGUCUUGGAUUUGUUAGUCAAUUUUGUUGUUAAAAAAAAAGAAAAAAUUUUUUUUUUUUGAAAUGUUCAUAUAGUCAUUGAUUUCAAUAUUAGUGAGGCUUUGUUGAUUCAAUGUGUUGAUAUGAUUAUCCAAAAACAAAACAAAAAAAUUUGAAAAAAAAAAAUUAUACCCUUCUUUUUCUUUAUUA